ACCCUCUAUCAGGUAACAGACAUCUCCACUCCCAGAACCGCCAUGCUAUCCAGAGCUCUAUCUACGACACGGAGAGCACUCCGGAGUCCAUCCGGCGGGCUCCGUAUGUUCUCAUCGACGCUGCGGGUAAAUUCCAAUCUCUCUUACCAAGUCUUCAAGCCCGAGAAGGACGAAGUAAGCCGAGGCCCCAUCAUCUUCCUGCAUGGCCUGUUCGGCUCGAAGCAGAACAACCGGAGCAUCAGUCGCGCAUUAGCCCGCGACUUGAAAUGCGAGAUCUUCACGCUGGAUCUCAGGAACCACGGCGAUUCAUUCCAUGCCGAUGAGCACAACUACCUCGUCAUGGCGGAGGAUGUGGUCCAGUUCAUGCAACACUUGAAGCUGGAUAAGGGCGCCUUGAUCGGGCAUUCUAUGGGCGCCAAAGUCGCGAUGACCGUCGCCCUCGAAUCGGCCAACCUGGUAUCAGCUCUGGUGCCCGUGGACAACGCGCCAAUCAACGCGGCGCUGAAGAGCGACUUCGACAAAUACGUUCGCGGUAUGCAGCACGUCGAAGCGGAGAAGCCUCAGAGUCAAUCGCACGCCGAUAGCGUCCUGCAGAAGUAUGAGGAGUCCCUCCCCAUUCGCCAAUUCCUCCUCACCAACCUCGUCCGCGUCCCGGAAGACCGCACCAUGAAGUUUCGCGUCCCCCUCUCCGUCCUCGGCGAGUCCCUCGGCAAUAUGGCCGACUUCCCGUACCGGGAGCCCGGCUCGGUGCGCUACGACGGCCCCACGCUGUUCGUGCGCGGCACUAAGAGCCGCUACGUGACCGACGACGCAAUCCCCGCCAUCAAGGCGUUCUUCCCGCGCGCCCAGAUCGCCGAUGUCGAGGCUGGUCACUGGUUGAUCUCCGAGAAACCUGAGGCGUUUCGGCAAGCGGUGGUUAAGUUCUUCAAGGAGUUGGAUUGAUUAUUAGACAUGAAGUAGGGAAGGGGCGGUUGAGUGGGUGUAUAUAGGGAUGGUAUGU